AUGACUCGAACUGCUUCCACCGAGUCCCAGGUUGGUCCAGGCUCCUACUACUACUUUGACAGCAACACAAUACCUCGUGCUCAAGCCAAAAAGUAUGACUUCCCCUGGGAUUCCCUGCCCAAAGAUUGGACAACAUCAGUAAAACUGAGGGCGAUAUCAAAACGCCGUAAGGAAGACAGACAAAGCUCUUCAGGCAACUGGAGUCAGAGUGGAUACAGCAGUAACAGGCAGUCUGUGGAUUCUGCGAAGUCCAGUGUUCCCUCCACCAUGUCACAGUACUCCCUGGGGAAGGAUUCUGGCAGGGACUCACCGCGGUCUGCAGGAGAAAGAGAUGGUCUGGACAUGGGUUAUAUGGGUGAUGCUGCAAGCACAGAAUCAAUUUCUGACACAAAAUCUUUGUCGAACACGGACAGUGAUGACUGGAUUCGUUCACUGGCCGAACAAGCAGCCAAUAGGGGUGAUGUAACUUCUACCAGUGCUGAAGCUUUAGCUAGCUUGUCACGGCUGACAAAGCAAAAUAUUCGGAACUUGGAUAUUUUAAUUCCUGGUCGAACACAUUUACGCCAGAAAAGAAAUGAACUUGAGGAUGAUGGAGAAUCUGACAGUGGCUUGAAGAGGAGCACCAAUACCUUGUUAGAUGAUGAUGAUGAAGAUUAUGACCUAAUUAUGCCAAGAGUUAGAGAGACAAAAAGCUUACAGAGUGUUAUAGGUUAUAGUAGCAUGAGGAAUGGCAGUGUUUUCACAGAUUCAUCGUCUGCUGUGUCGGCACCAGACUUGGCAUCGGUGUCAUUUGGUAACCUACCACUGCCCAAUAUCAGUGAAGAUGAUGCGAUAGAUGUCAACUUCUCUGAAGAUGUUGCAGGAGAAGUUGAAUAUGGAAACAGUGGAACUCUUAAAGCCAAGAAGAAACAAAAUAAAACGAAGAAAGUACCUCCACCACCACCUCCACGAACAACAAGCGUCAACAGCAGCAAUAAUCAAACACAAAGUGGAAGUGAUGAGGCCUUGAACAGUUUAGAUGACAGUCCAACCAGUGUAGAAACAUCUUCAGAGUCCUCAGAUCACGAAACUAUCUAUGCCAGGCUGAAAAUGAAAACGAGUAUUUCUGCUCAUACUUUUCCUUCCUGGUGUGUUGGUUUAGCUAGCGAUGAAGAUGAACUUCAAGACCGUCUCCACGCAGAAUCGUCUGAAGUGGAAGAACUCUUCUCAGGAAAAGACAGCUGGAUUUCAGGAACUCUACCUCGAACUAAUGCAGUAUCUCAUCCAAAUGAGACUGACCAGGCAACCAAUUCUUGGCCGAGAAUCAAGCGUAUAAACCCACAACAGUCAGGUAUUCUAAAAACCACUGAGAAAGAUAAAACUAAGCCUGCCGCAAGUAAUCCAAAAGUCUUGAACUUUGACCCGGUAGUAAAUCUUUUUGAUGCCACAUCACCUCAUAGUGUUCAGAUGCCACUGUCUCGGCUGUCUUCAUCUGAUGAAAGCAGUUCACCAAAUCAUGCCCGAUCAUUGAAUAUGUUAUCAACAGUAUCAUCAAACCAGGAUAAAAAAGGAGUUAUUUGGUCUGAUGAUUUGAGAUAUCCAUUUUAUAACUCGGGAUCCACUGAAUCAAAUCUCACCUCAUCUAAUCUUUCUCCUGAAUCCAGUGAUGUGCGUCAAUCUUCCACAGUUUCCAAGGCAGCUACAGGUUCCAAUAUAACCCAGAUCACACACAGUGACAAAAAUAACAACAGAAGUAAAGAUACAAACUUUGUUCAUGCUGACUCAUUGGCCUUGAAACAGGAAUUCAAGAAUCAGAGCACAACACACCAGAAUCAUUCUCACCCGUUAGAGCUCCAACUUCAACCUCCACUUACUGGUGGCUAUGUCCGCACAAAUGCACCAAUAUCCCAUGGUAAUUUCCACCAACUGAUGAUGAGAUCAUCUCACACUGACAGAAGACGCUCAAGUCCAAGUGUAGCUGCAGCUGCAGGCUCUUCUAGCUCCACCAGCAACAGUGGAAAUGAGGAUAGUUGUGAAAUUAAGGGCAGCAAAGUAAGUGACUCUGUGAAGCGUCGUCGGAGUGACCUUUAUAGUCCUUCAGACAGUGGGUAUGGGUCACCGCCAGUUUCUAGUCAGCCUAGUUCUCAAGUUUUUACCUAUUCUUCAUCUAAGACUCCACAGCAGCAGUAUUCUUCUAUUGUCCAUGCUCAGAUACAUUCAGCACACGUGCCUUCCAGUUCCUCGAUGAAUACAGAAACAAUAAACAAAAACACAAGAACAUCAUUCAGUUUUGCCUCAGAAUCAAAUUCAAGGCCAGAUUAUCCAAACACUCUCAGACAGAUGUCUAAUCAAUCAACUGAGUCACUUAGUUCCCAGUUUUCAAUAAGUUCAACCCAGCAGCUGAUUCCCAAAAUUCCAAAGACUGAUUUGUCACAGCCUGUCUUACACAGGGAGAACUCCACUGAAUCUAUGCACUCUAAUAGUUCUGGUGCCCGGUCAGACUCCUAUCGUGUAGCCAUGUCAGCAGAAGGUGAUGAAACUUCUUUGAUUCCUAAUAAAAUAUCAAACAUCAGUAACAGUAGCAGCAUUAACAGUAACAGCAUUAACAGUAACAGCAGUAUUCUUAGAAAGACUCGUGGAGAACACCGUUCACAACUUACAAAAUCACUUCCAGCUCCAGUGCCUGCUAUGUAUGCAGAUGAUGCCGUUGGUCGUGCGGACUCUUAUCGUUGCGCAGUCAGGAACACACAGAGCCUGCUUUUUGCUGAUGCCUAUGGUAGAAACUCUUCGUACAGACUGGCCACAUGUGAAGAAGAUGUGGUUAUCACUGACAAUAGAAUGGAUGCUUGCAAUUUGUGGACUGGAAAAACAGGGACUACUAGAGACAUGCGCCGCAUGGGAAUUACCGAUGUUGAUCAAUUGAAACAUUACAACAAUGAAUCUGAUGAGAGCGAUAAGUCUGGAAACAGACGCAGUUUAGCCAAAAUCUCCAACACUGUUCAUGCAAAGAAAAAACUGUCGGCACAGACAGAAACUGAAGGACUGAUAAACCCGCCAAAGUCUUCAUCAUCCGAGCACAAACGAUUUAUGAGACCAAGUAGCAAAGAUAAGGCAAAACAGAAAACUCAGUCCUCAACCUAUAUCAGGUUUGAUCCAAUCUUUGAAAGUGGGGAGGACUUGAGGGCAUCAAAUGAAUCCUUACGACCACCAUCGAUAGUUUCAAUCAGAACUUUAACUCAAGUAGAUUCAAGUGAAACAGUAACUUCUGAAAAUACAAGUUUGAUUCGUGGAAAAGUUGCUUCUGCAUCUCCACCCAGGAAGAGGUCAAGUUCACAAGGAAGGCGAGAUGAUAAAUCAAGUCUUUCCAUUUUUGGCAGCAUUAAAACUACAAUCAGGUCAAUUGGUGGAACAAAAGGAGACUAA